AGCUGAGGAGUGAAUAUUUUCCUGGAGCUGCCAGUGCCGGGUUCUAGGAGGCACGGUGACACAGCAUGACUAAAAAGGAUCCUUCCAUCCAUAUCGUGGGAGCCGGCGUCGGCGGACUCGUGACAGCACUGCAACUGCAUGCCCAUGGCUUUCGGGAUAUCAACCUGUAUGAAGCCUCCACCCAACUCCUUUCUCUCGGUGUCGGCAUCAAUGUCCAGCCUUCCGCCGUUCUCAUUCUGCGCAACUUGGGUCUCUUGCCCGCACUGCAGCAUACCGGCAUCGAGACCAAAGACCUGAACUACUACGAUCGAUUCGGCAACCCCAUCCUCGAGGAACCACGAGGCAAAUAUGCCGGCUAUGAUGUCCCCCAGUUCAGUAUCCAUCGCGGCAAGCUGCAGAUGAUGUUGCUGGACGCCGUCAAGGAACGAGUCGGCGAAGAGCGCAUCCAUCUCAAUCACUGCUUGGCUAGCUUCGAGAACGACGAGGCAGACCCCUCCAAACAGAUCAAGUUGCGCUUCGUCCAAAAGAAGACUGGCCUGCCGGCAACCCUCGCAGAAGUCGAUGCCGAUCUCGUCGUGGCCGCCGAUGGCAUCAAUUCCAAAGUCCGCAGUAUUCUCUACCCCAAUGAAGGCCCUCCCCACUUCUCCGGCCGCAUCUUAUGGCGAGGCUACCUCGAACGCGAACCCUUCUUGUCAUCUGCCAGCAUGAUCUGGUCUGGCCACGCCAACCAGAAGUUCAUCGCCUAUCCCAUCUUGAACUAUCAUACUGAAGCCCAGACCAAGUCCAUGGUGAACUGGAUCGCCGAAUUGCGUGUUCGAGACGAAAACGAUCCCGACACCACCCCGCCCGUCAAAUCGGGUGACUGGUUGAUGUCCGUGCCCAAAGAACGUUUCGCAAAGGAAUUCCAAGACUGGACAUUUGGCUUCCUGAAUGUUCCCGAAUUAAUCGAGAAGACGGAGAAAGUGUUUGAAUAUCCCAUGUGCGAUCGAGAUCCCAUCGCCAGAUGGACCUUUGGACGACUCACCUUACUCGGAGACGCAGCACAUCCCAUGUAUCCCAUUGGAAGCAACGGAGCCAGCCAAGCCAUUCUCGACGCCGAAUCCUUAACAAAGCACUUGAUGAAUUCCCUAUCAUCAACAUCGACAACAACAACAGCAACAACAACAUCAUCAACAUCAACAUCAGCAAGCCCACCCAUGUCCGAUCAAAUUCUCGCCGCAUUACAAGCCUACCAAAACGAACGUCUCCCCACCACCGCCAAAAUCGUCAUGGCCAACCGCGGCAACGGCCCCGAUCACGUCAUGCAAGUUGCCUACGAACGCGCACCGAAUGGCUUCCAGCACAUCAACGACAUCAUCCCACGAGCCGAGCUCGAAGGUAUCGGUUUGGCAUACAAAGCCAUUGCGGGAUUUGAAAUUGAAAAAGUUAAUCAACUCGCGAGGGAAACGGAAGGUAUGGCGGAGAAGCGGGGUUUGACUUCUCCCCAGGCGUGGAGUCGGACUUGCAAUCUUGACAAGAAUACUAAUGGAAAUGGAAAUGGAAAUAUGAAUGGAACAAGUCCGGAUCCGAAUAAUCUCCAGUGAGGGAG